AGGCAUUCUCUUUUUUUGCUUUUCAUUGAAGCCCGCCAAACCCCCAAAUAUUUAUAUUUGAGUUUCGAUAAGUGGUUGUGGUUGCGCAUAUCAGUUGUACGAGAUAGGGACUGUUUACUAAAUAGCUCCUCGGUAUUGUCCUUGGAUAAUCUUCAUCAUCAAGUGGCUGCUGCAGUAUUACCGACAGGGGUCCUUGCUCUGGUGUCGAGUUAUUUGCGAUAAGUGAUGAAGCCACGAGACUAGCAAGGUCCCUUUUUUUUGAUUUGUUGAAUAGAUUCCCUCUUGAUUUCGUUGUAUUUUAUGUAGCGGGUUCAUUUUAGGCUGCGGCUUUAGAGAGAUCGAAUGAUUCCUAAGUAACUCAUGGCUGCCUUGACCUCGGUGGUUGACGUUGGUGUGCCUGAGGUAGAUUCGAGCCUGCCGCGAACGCGGGAAAUUCCGUCCUUAGUAUAGCGGUACUUGGUGUAUGAACGUCGGGGACAAGAGCAGCCGCCAGGAAGUUCCUGAAUUAAGAAUCUGAGGUGACGUUCGUGGCAUGCAGCAUAUUGGAACGGUGACACACCAUUUCUCCGAUGUAACGAGGACACAACAUAGUACCAUUAACUGAAGGGCUUUGGUUGACGGCUUCAGAACUCAUGAACUAGAACCUGCCGAUUCCCGGAGUUUUCUACCGUUCCUAACGAUCCGGAGCCAGAUUAUUCGCAAUCGAGCACGACACGAGGUUAUUGCUGGAGGACGUCGCAUUUUCCUUUUUCAUAGAUAAUUCUUGAGAUCAACAACAUGUCGAAGGCGGACAAGGGCAACAGUAUUCGCGUGUGCUGCCGCGUGCGGCCACUGAACGCUCGCGAGCUCGCAGAAGGUGCCGCAGCUCUCUGCGUCGACGUACCCAAAGACAAAGAUGGUGUCAUCGUCCAUAGGCAGAGCGGAGCCGAGAACGUAAGGGGUCUGGCCGAUGUGAGCACCACAUUCACGUUCGAUAAGGUCUUUCCGCUUACGGUCAAGCAGAAAACAGUGUACGAAUAUGCUGCACUACCAACAGUGCUUUCGGUAAUGGAGGGCUUUAACGGCACAGUCUUCGCAUAUGGCCAAACAAGUUCGGGAAAAACGUAUUUCUAUUGACUGCUCUAAAAUUUGAAUACGCAGUGAAGAAAAAAUCAUGAAAAUAUUUUGAGAUGAUUGAAGGUGCAAGUAAUUUGUCUAUUCCAAGGUAGCUAAAUAGAAUGAUCAUAAUUCUCUCAACCUCUAUUCUCGGCUUCUAGGCAUACGAUGCAGGGACCGGAUAUUCAUGACCCGGAUUUGCAGGGAGUUAUUCCGCGGAUGGUGUGGACGAUAUUCGAUGCUAUUUAUGGAGCGCCACCAACGCAUGAGUAUUUGGUCAAGGUGUCCAUGGUGGAACUCUAUAUGGAGAGAGUGAGGUGUCUUCUCGACCCUACGGGGAAGGAGAACCUAAAGAUCAAGGAGCGACCCGAUAAGGGUAUCUAUAUCGAAGACGUGACGGAAAGCUACGUUCAGUCGGAGCAAGAGAUUUUCGACGCGCUCCAGCAGGCGCAAUACAAUCGAACAAUUGGGUACUUUCUUAAACUUUUUCUCGAUUUUGUAAGAUACGAACUAGAAGAAGUUGCAUCGCACUGUUUAUUCGUCAACAAAACUAGCAAACUGAAUGUUGCGAAGAUCGGACAUGAUUCCUCUUGAUAAAUUUUCUAAGUAAAAUCCUUUAUUGAUUUCACAAAAUCAGGGCCACUGCGAUGAACGCGCAGAGUAGUCGCAGUCACAUGGUAUUUUUGGUCUCAAUUGAGAGCAAGGACACUGUGAAAAAAGUAGUGAAACACGGGAAGCUCUAUCUGGUCGAUUUGGCCGGUUCAGAGAAGAUCGCGAAGACCCAUGCGACUGCGGGGCGACUUGAGGAGGCGAAGAUGAUCAACAAAUCGCUUUCAGCACUCGGAAACGUUAUCAAUGCACUCACCGAACCCAAUAAAACACACGUGCCAUACCGAGACUCGAAGCUCACGCGCUUGCUGUCAGAAUCACUCGGAGGUAAAAAGGAUGCCACGUUAAUUAUAGCAGUGCUAAUUACGUUGUACUUUUCAGAAGUGUCCUACUAGGUACUUGGUUUUUUUUUUUACAACUACAAGAAGAAGCCUUUCGCUUGGAUUUCUUCUUCAUCCUUCUCCUUCAAGAAUGAAUUAUUGAACAACCUCAGGAAAUGCAAAAACGACGUUGAUUAUCACAUGUUCACCCGCCAACACCAACGACGCCGAAACAUUGAGCACAUUGAGGUUCGGGCAGCGAGCAAAGCUGAUCAAGAACAAUGCAGUUGCGAAUGAGUCGUUGAGUACUGCAUUUUCUAGAGAUCAUUUAGUUGGGCAAUUAAUGUGAAUAAGGGUAGUUUUUUUCUGAGAAAAAUUAACAUAGAAAAGCUGGAAAGAUAAAGCAACACGUUUGUGUUUAUGAUGUCUUGAGUACAAUGUCGUUUUCAAAAAUCGAAGUUCUUGAAGAACCCCCCCGGAUAAAAAAUUCAACCUUGGUGCUAAAAUUGAAUAGGUGUAGAGGCUUUGCAGGCGCAGGUUGCGACGUUAAAGGGUACGCUGGGUGGUGUUCGGGGACGCGUGAAGCAACUCGAAGCACUUCUGAAUGCGAAGGGAAUCCCGGUGCCUGCCGCAGACGAUAGUUUCCAGUGUGGAGACGGCGACGCGGAUGACGGCGGGCACUCGCCGAGGGCCACCGGGAUGAGCGCUGCAAGCCAAGGAGAAAUAGAUGAUCUCCAGAAGGAGAACGGCGAGCUGCGGAACGACAUGGAGGCUGCACAGAAAGCAGAACAGGCGGCGAAGGAGCAAUUGCAACAAGUUGCGGCAGAAAAAGAGCAGAGUAAGUACGAAAAAGACGAGUUGGCGGCCAAAGUGCACAGCAUUCAAGCGGAGCUGGCAACGCAGAAAGCGGAAGUAGAGUCCCUAAGACUCGAAAAGAAGAACCUGAAGGAGGAAGUUGUAGACGCAAAAGCACAAGCGAGAGCGGAGAAGGCAAAAGGAAUUGCCGCAAUCGCGAAAAAAGUGAAGGGCCAGUCCGCGUCCACGGUGGUCUCCAUAGCAGCCAGGGAACUCUUGAGCGAUGAUGAGACGCUCGACGAAAACAGCAAGAUGAUACUCGCAGUCGUCAAAGAUUUAGCCGAAGUACACUCUUAUUACCUUCAUCAAAGUUUCAAACUUCAAUUUGUCGUGUUUCUCUUUGUCUACUUUCUGAAUCACUUAUGCUGAAGUGAUGGCUAGUCGGUCCGAGGUCUUUGAUCAAUUUAUGAGAAAAAUUCGCAUAAGAGCUUAGAUUUCCAUCAGCUUCGAUAUUAAACUUAUUGUUUAACAACUUCUGAAAAUAACAGAGCCAAGUGAAAAUGGCUCGUGAGAACGAGUUUGCUCGGGCGGAUAGUAGCAAGCUAGCCGCAGGAGCGGGUGAGUUAGAAGGGCUCUUACGCGAAAAGGAUGCUGCUGUUACGAAGUUAGAAGUCGAUAUCGCAAACGAGCGAGAAAGGGUAGCGGACCUGCAAGAAAAGUUGAAAGAUGGGGAUAGACCUUUGAAGCGAAAGGUGUCGCAACUCGACAAGAAUCUCGAGCAACUUACGGUCAUGUACCACAAGCUUGUCUCGCAGAACUCGGGCCUCAAGGUAUUACAGCUCUAUUUGUUCGUUUUUCUGGCACCUCAGUAGAAGUUUUGUUCGCAGUGUUGGUCCUGGACACAUGAAUACAUUCACUCUUUUGAAGCAAGGAAUACUAAAGAUCUUAAUUUCUUGAAUACUACUUAAUCAAUCUCAUCAAUAUUGCUUUCUCAAAAAUCCAGGUUGAGUGCCAAGUGAACGAAAAGAAGGUGAUAAGGAAGGAUCAGCGUAUUACGAGCUUAGAGACAUCGUUGAGGGAGGCGAAAGGGAAAUAUGAGAAGCUGCUUACGCAGUGUGCGAAUCUGACGGCGGCCAUGGACUUGAUGGGCAAGAAAGAAAAUCGGACAACGCUGGGCGCCGGAAAGGCCCGCCUGAUGCGACCAUUGCAGGGUGGGCAGCAAGCACCUAGAAGAGUAACGGCUAGUAAAGCGGGCGACGACGAGCAGGACGAAGCGAAGGAUGCGGAGUAAACUUGCUAGACUUCAUCGUUGGAAACUGCUGUGUGGAGCAAAAGGCAGGAGCUUCUUCUUGAAUACUAAAUUUGGCUUAUACAACAUCCUCUUGUGCUGAAGAAAGACUCUCCGGUUGUUCAUCAUGGUAACACUUUCUGAUUUCUUUGCAUUAUAUCAGUCUGCGGAUGCUAGGCAGCUCAUAUAUUCGUAAGUAUAUCACAGACACCACAUGGUGGGGUCUUACGUUCUAGAGAUAAUAGAGUGCGCUCUCACUCUGCCCCCCUAUGAUGGAAAUGAAUACUUUUUAUCUGUAUUUCAUCAUCGAUACAUUUACAUAUCUUUUCUAAAAAAUAGCCCUGUCAGUGCUGAGUAAAAUUUUGGUAAUCUUGUUUACCUCCAACUAGCAAUUCUCAAACAGUUGUUUACCUUCGCCUAGCAAAAAGCGAACGACUGCACGCGGCGGUCGAGGGUUUACACCAGAGAAAGUGACAAAAAGCUGAAUACCAAUACAAGUCCGUGUGACAUCAACCGAAAAAAGUGACGUGAAUACCUUCAACAGAUACGGCUCAAAUGGCCUGCGACGAAAACGUGAUUACCUUCAACGCAAGAUGGAAAAGCAUGACGCGACUUUUGCUUACGCAUAGAUUGAAUUCCAAUUGUUUUUUAGAGUUAGACGCAUAAGUAGAACUUUCAACGCUUAUAUUAAACGGUAAAGAAUAAAAUGAAAAAGAAAUACACAUGACAAAUACAGGUUGGCGCCAUCUUGAG